CUGAGAGUCAUAUGAGAGAAACUAUUGAUUUCUCCCAUUCUACAAGAUGGUAAUCAUUCCGGAAGUAUAAUGUAUAAUGUAGUUAAGAACAUCUAUUCCUAGCCAGAAAGGUUAGAAGCAGCCCUAGUCACACCUUCCUGUGUGUGACUUGCACAGCCUUCCUAAACACUUCCUGUAAAGAGUCAUCUAAUAUUUACACUUCCUUUAUUGCAAAUUCUGUUUUAUUUCAAAUAGCUUUUCUCCUGCUCUGUUAAUGACUUGGAACACCCUGCAUAAGCCUUCUGUGUGUGAUGAAAAUGCAAUCUAUAGAUACUUUUAAAGUAAGGUACUGUCUGAUUGAAAAUGAAACCUUUUUUUUCAUGCAUACUGUGUCAGUCAGAGCGAGGGUGAGUGUGUCUAGGGCUGGAUGGACGGAAACACAAGUGAUUUAAUUGCUUAACGGCAGAGAAUUGAGCAUUGAGGCUUCAGAAGCAUGAUCUAUAUACAAAAAUGUCUUCAAGUUGUUUUGGUGACUUUAGUAUUUCCUGAAAGUGACACAUUUUCUUUAACUCUCAGUACAUUUCUUUCAGGUGUUUCCGCCAGUAGAAUUUAUCCCAAAGAACAUGACAAAACUAAGAAUGCACAAAGCAAGAUUAUGAAGCAAUCUUCCAAGGAUCAAGUAUUCAAACUCUCUGAAUCCUAUAUGUCUACAAAUGAGCUAGUAAACAAAAAAAUUCACAUGUUCUAAAUGUGAGAAAUGUUUUACCCAUCACUCAGCUCUUGUUAGGCUUCACACAGCGGAGAUGCCGUUCUCAUGUUUUGUAUGUAGCAAAUGUUUUUUUUAACUAAAUCAGAACUUAUUAUACAUCACAGAACUCACACAAAAGAGAAGCCGUUCUCCUGUUCUGAAUGUGGGAAAUGUUUUAGCCAGUAUUCAAACCUUGUUUUUCAUCACAGAACUGACACAGGAGAGAAGCCGUUCUCAUGUUCUGAAUGUGGGAAAUGUUUUGGAACUAAAUCAAACCUUAUGGCACAUCGGAAAACUCUCACAGGAGAGAAGCUGUUCUCCUGUUCUGAAUGUGGGAAAUGUUUUAGCCAGCAUUCAUACUUUGUUAGACAUAAGAGAACUCACACAGGAGAGAAGCCAUUCUCCUGUUCUGAAUGUGGGAAAUGUUUUAGCCAGCAUUCAUACUUUGUUAGACAUAAGAGAACUCACACAGGACAGAAGCCAUUCCCAUGUUCUGAAUGUGGGAAAUGUUUUAGCCAGCAUUCAUACUUUGUUAAACAUAAGAGAACUCACACAGGAGAGAAGCCAUUCUCCUGUUCUGAAUGUGGGAAAUGUUUUGGAACUAAAUCAGAACGUAAGGCACAUCAGAGAACUCACACAGGAGAGAAGCCGUUCUCCUGUUCUGAAUGUGGGAAAUGUUUUGGAACUAAAUCAGAACGUAAGGCACAUCAGAGAACUCACACAGGAGAGAAGCCGUUCUCCUGUUCUGAAUGUGGGAAAUGUUUUAGCCUGCAUUCAUACCUUGUUGUACAUCUGAGAACUCACACAGGAGAGAAGCCUUUCUCAUGUUCUGAAUGUGGGAAAUGUUUUGCAGCUAAAUCAAACCUUUCUUCACAUCUGAAAACUCACACAGGAGAGAAGCCGUUCUCCUGUUCUGAAUGUGGGAAAUGUUUUGGAACUAAAUCAGAACUUAUGGCACAUCAGAGAACUCACACAGGAGAGAAGCCGUUCCCAUGUUCUGAAUGUGGGAAAUGUUUUCGGCAGCAUUCACACCUUGUUGGCCAUAAGAGAACUCACACAAAAUAGGAAUUUUCUGAUGUUCUGAAGUUGUAAAAUGUUAUGGUUACAUACUGAUUUUAAAAAGUCAAUUUUUUUUUUAAACAUUUAUUUUUGAAAUGUAUAGUUAGUCAAACAAGAUUACAAUGACAGUUUUGCAAAUAUAGGCUUGUCAAUAAACGAAACAGAAGUAGUAGAAAACGUCAAAAGAAGUGCUGAACUUUUUUGUUUGUGUAGACAUAACAAAGACACGAGUAUACAAUGAUAUAGGUAUGUUACUAGCAAAGAUAUUGCAGUAGAGUAAAUUAUGCUAGGCUAGUAUGCUAGACUACUGUAGAUCCACAGUCCCUAAAGUAAAGGUCAGGUUCAGCGGCUCGCUCAACCCAUGGCAAAUAGAAACAAGAGUAGGGGCCCAGUGUAGGCACAAAGGAAUAAGAAGCAAACUAUAAUAAGGUGUUGAAAUAUAUAAUCUCAAAUUAAAUUCCAACAAACUGCAGAAUUGCUCUUUUAAAUAAGGCAAGUCCCCAGAAUAGUCCCUGCUGAUCACCCUAUGCCUAUCUGAGAGGCUUGCGGUAUGUCGGUUUUCCACUAUGUGAAAAAAGUUAAAUAUAAGGGAUAUUGGGCGCUCCAACCAAAUAAUAAAAGAGCAGCCUAAAAACAUUCCAACUGUAUUGUCACCAAGUGCACUAAUAUAAAAUCAGAAAUACCACAGAAAAAAGUGUCAAAGUGCACACUGUAAAAACUCUUUACCUUUAAAUGUGAUGGGUCUUUUUCUUGCUAGAACGCUAAAUCAUAUAAAUACAAAACAGAGGAACCACAGUGUAACCUGUAUACAUAAAUAUAACAGUGAUACAAUAAAAAUAACUAUUUACUAAAAAUGGCUAUUAUCAUUUAUCCAGCCAACCGCGAGGGUGGUCAAUUAUUUCCUGUAGCAAGUGGAGUUGUUUGAGGCUUUAUUUAAGGGGCACCCUCGAAGGCACAAGUUGAU